CGGGUUCGAAGCGAGUCAGUAUCUCGGAUCCAACUCAUUCGGGCCCAUACUGUUUUCAUAGGAGCAGGCGAAUCUCGGCGUCUGUUUACAGAAUUCAGAGAAGGAAGCUGAAGAGAAGAGAAUGGCGUCUGUGGUGAGAAGCAUUUUCCAGUCGAUUAAGGAAAAGGGGAUCGGAAACUUCCUCAAGGAGCUUAAACAAGAAGGAUACGUGAGGUGUCUCGCGGAUGGAAAUCUUCUGCAAACCAAGAUCCACAACAUUGGUGCAACACUUGUUGGUGUGGAUAAAUUUGGUAACAAAUAUUAUGAGAAGCUAGGCGAUACACAAUAUGGAAGACACCGGUGGGUGGAGUAUGCACAGAAGAAUCGUUACAAUGCUUCACAAGUUCCACCAGAAUGGCAUGGCUGGCUCCAUCACGUCACUGAUCACACUGGUGAUGAACUGCUACUGCUGAAACCAAAGAGGUACGGGAUUGAGCACAAGGAGAACUUUUCUGGUGAAGGUGAUGCAUACAUAUAUCACUCCAAGGGACACACUUUAAAUCCUGGACAGAGAGACUGGACUAGGUACCAAACUUGGCAACCCACCAAGAAGUAAUAGGUCUCAACUGCCAUAGUGCAGCUGGACAAUUAUAUGGAUUUUCUGCCAUGCUUCGUUAAUAAAAAAGUCCUCGUAUUGAACCUUUGGUUAUAAUCUAAGCACAUGUGUACCAUCAAAUAUCAGGUCGAUACACUUUGCUGUACAAUUUCUCAUCUUUGAUAUGGUUCUCAGGUUUUGAAUUGGAUCCAAAAUGUAGUCAUGCAUACUUUAUUCCAUCGCCGGGUUUGAAGUAUGAUUGUUAUUUUUUUUGAAACUAAAGCUAUUCAGUGAUAUGUUAUGUUAUAUCCCAUAGGAAUUGAAAA